GUCUGUAAGUCUCGUCAGCUGACCAACGAGAUUUGACGAGAUUAUUAACUUCCGGGUACCUCGAGCGAUAUGGCGUUAUCGAUAUUGUAUUGGGCAAACUAUGUUGAGGGUUUAACAAAGAUUAAAAGGAAAAGUGAAGCUGCAGUUGAGUCUCAGAGGGUUCUCCGUUUCGCGUUUGACGAGUUGCGUGUCAUUACUGCCAAUGUUCAAGCAUCAAUGAGGGACACAUCAUACAAAGUUCAGAUAUUCCUUGAAUCUGAAGAUAACGGUGUGGUGGAGUCAUCAUCAUGCGAGUGUCCUAUGGGGAGGUAUAAGUGUCAUCAUGUGGCAGCAACUCUCCUUUAUGGAUAUAAGAAGGCAAGCAAAACCGACAUAAAAUGCAGUUGGUUAAAACAUCCAAAGUCAGUACAGCCAAAGGUGACAACAACCAUGGAGGAAUUAUUUCCACCAAAACAACCAGGAUACAGGGAGAAGCUUUCAAUGUCCCCAGAGCAAAUUAUCCAGACUGCAUGGACCACAAUAGGGCAGAGGGAAAAUACCUUGUGGGCCAAAGUUCGCAAGCUGCGUUUCACAGCAUCCAAUUUUGGACAAAUUGUUACAGCUGUUCGAAAAAACAGGUUAAACAUGUCCUUGAAAAAAAGACUACUGAGUGCAUACAACUUGGAAAAAAGAGCACCAAUCCAAUGGGGACUUGCCCAUGAGAAGACUGCAAUACAAGAAUACUGCAAGGUCUUUGAAGUGAAUGUUUUAGAGACAGGAAUUUGGCUUCAUGAGUCUGGGCUACUUGGAGCCUCUCCAGAUGGCUUUGUUCAAGGAAAUCCAAAGAACAUCACUGAACGAGUCCAUCAACAAGAAAAGAACUCAACAUUGCUGUCACCUGACAUUGUUGAGGUGAAAUGUCCAUUUUCCGCCAGAUCAAUGACAAUCAAAGAAGCUUGUUCAAAUGUGAAGGAUUUCUUUCUAGAUUGUAAUCCAAGUGAUAAUUCACUUCACCUCAGAACACAACAUGAUUAUUGGCACCAGAUCCAAGGACAGUUGUACCUGACAGGAACACAGUGCUGUGACCUAGUAGUGUGGACUCAGGCAGACAUUCAAGUUGUUCGUAUCGAGAAAGAUGCAUCAUGGUCAUCAAACAUCUUGAACAUGAUCGAGUUUUAUUAUAAAGUGUUUCUGCCAAGUUUAUGAUUCAUUUUGUCUGUUAUUCUUUGUCUGCAUGUCUGUGGUAUAAUAAAUAAAUAAAAUAAAUGAGAAAAUGGUUCAGUAACUUUUGUUAAUCAAA